AUGUCACGACCCGUCACUCCCAGCUCGCCCGUCCACAUCACCAUACCGGGCGGCCAACACGAACCUUCGUCGCACUCCGUGCAACCCUCGGGCGCGAGGCCGUCGUCUCGUCCUGUUUCCUACAUUGGCUCGCACCAGCCGGACGCUGCGUCGCAAUACGAACACCAUCGGGGGGCUUCACAGGAGCCUUCGGUACUGUCGCAUGGCGGCGAGUAUCACGACAAUGUCUCUGUUGGCCAUGAAGAAGCUGGAGAUCUCCAUCGGACCGGCUCGCACGUGUCGGGGUCGCAGACGCCUCUUCCCUCACGGGGUGGGACCUUGAAGAAGAAGUCUUCCUUGCAUAAAAAUGCCAGUUUGAAGAGGACACCGAGCAAGAGAAGCAGCUAUGCUGGCUCGGUACGCAGCGUCAAAUUGGGCGAGAAGGAAAAGUAUGGCGAAAGCGAAGAAUACAACAGUGUCUUCUAUUGCCCCGUUCCCACAUCCGGAAAUCCGACUGAGCUUCUGGCAGCUCGUUUCCAAGCAUGGCGCAAAGUACUGAAGGACUUGAUCACCUACUUCCGCGAUCUUCAUAAAAUGUAUGAUGUCCGGGCAAAGACACUCUCCUCGACUUCCACUGUCAUCAACAACACCACCAUGCCGUCCAAUUUUCUUCCUUCCGGUGGAAUAGGAGAUGCACUCGACAUACUACGGGACUUCCACAAGCAGGCUCUCAGUGACGCUAACAAAGCCCGGGAUCUUGAAAAUGAAGUCAUCGUACAGUUGACCGGCCUUCGUAGCGAUUUGCAACAAAAGAUCAAGGAAAUCAAGAGCCUGUCUGGAGAUUUCAAGAACUCGGUGGACAAGGAACAGGAAACCACAAAAAAGAUUGUUCGCCAACUCCAGGAAGCACUCGGCAUGGUCGAUCACGAUGCUACUUCCACAAACGGGAAAAAUGAUCCGUUCCUCGUCAAACUGGCAGUCGACAGGCAGGUAGAGCGGCAGAUCGAUGAAGAGAACUAUUUGCACCGUGCAUACUUGAACCUUGAAGCUUCUGGCCGCGAACUCGAGUCCAUCGUGGUGGGGGAGAUCCAAAAAGCUUACAACGUCGUUGCCGGAAUCAUGCGACGCGAGGCUGACUCCUCGUACGACACGGCCGAAAAGCUUAAGGAGGGGCCACUGGCCAUGUCCAAGGACCACGAGUGGAAUGAGUUCACCACCAACAACAGCCAAAUGGUUGACCCGAGACAGCCUGUCAGACAAGUUGCCCAUAUCGUGUACCCUGGGAAGGACCAUCCGGCAGCAGUGGACGUCCGGAGUGGCAUGUUGGAGCGAAAGAGUAAAUAUUUGAAGAACUAUACACCUGGAUGGUAUGUUCUGUCUCCGACGCAUCUGCACGAAUUCAAGUCGGCCGAUCGCAUCGCUUUUCAGACUCCAGUCAUGUCGCUCUACCUACCCGAGCAAAAGCUGGGCUCUCACUCCGAGCCCGGUUCCUCGUCCCACAAAUUCAUGCUCAAGGGUAGACAAACCGGCUCGAUGCACCGUGGGCAUUCUUGGGUUUUCCGUGCCGAAUCUCAUGAAACCAUGAUGGCUUGGUACAACGACAUCAAGGAGCUCACGGAAAAGAGGGGCGAAGAGCGGAACGAUUUUGUCCGGCGUCAGCACGCCAGGUCAGUGUCUGGAAAUAGUCUCAAACCUGCGAGCAUCAUCAGCUCCGAAGGCGCAAUGGAAGAAGAUGAGGCCGAUCGCGUCGCCUUUUCCGGCGAACAAUCUGUCCGUGGCCAUUCUGUCGCCGAAGGCGGUGGCCUUGCUGCAGCUGGCGGACUAGGUGUUGCGGGCGUGCACGAUCUCGAUGACACCAGAUCUGAAGCCGGCUGGCGUCCUCCACUACGACCAGCACCAGGUGGGCGAUUUCCAUCAGAUGUCAACGUACAGCGAGGCUUACAAGCUCCGCUUUCCCCCUCUAGUGGAGAGAGUUCUGACCCAGAGCGCGAUGUCAUAGCAGCCGCAGGUGCUUUACCAGGCAGCGGUGUCCCGUUCUCACAGAACACUGAGAGACAUACAGAGUUGCAAUCCCCCCAAGCCUAUCAUCAGCCGGUGGACGGCAUCAGCGACGCCCACCGUCCCCGCCAGUACCCCCCUGGUCAACAUCCCAACAUCUUCCCCAUACAGUCUGUUUCAUCGCCACACGAAACCGCAAGUCAAUAUGGAGAAUGGAUGGCACCGAUUGGGGCCGGGGCAGGAGGUGCUGCAGUAGGAGCUGGGGCGAUGCAUUAUCACAAUCAACAUCAGCAGCAGCCAAUGCCGGAACGGGUCACGCGCCAAAUGAAUGCCGGAUCAGCGAUACCAGACUACGGCCAGUCAUCAGCACCAAUCCCUGUCGCGACCGCUGCUCCUGCAGAUGCACCCACCGGCCCACGUGCCAUGAGUGAAAGUACGACAGCUCCGAGUUCGGCAGCUGCCAACACCAUCUCGUCGGGGACAGAAAACGGCACCCUGUCGACCGUCCCGACCAGCGUAGGUCAACCCGGCGGUCACCACGACAGCAUGUUUGACGCCAAUGGCGUCUACAUUGGACCCCGAACCGCUCCGACCGCACCGACUGAAUACGUCCUGAAACACCCUGACCAGAGCAAGAGCGUCAGUGACCUGCACGUCCCGGGCGAGUACCCGCAAACACCUGGUCUGAUUGACGAAUCCAGAUUGUACCAGGAGGUCGUCAAGCAAUAA